AUGAAGCUCUCAGAAGUACUCUUUAGCUAUGUUCUGUUUGCUGGUACGGCAUUAGCCCAUCCCCGCGCUCGCACAACCUUGGAGGAGCGUGUAUCCAACAGAGCUUCCGGUCGUCAAACCAGGCCCGCGGACAUAAUCUCUGAAGCCACCGAGGUCACUGAAACCGGCAAUCAGACAAAUGUUGCGUACAGCACCAACUGGUCUGGGGCCGUCUUGACUUCCCCACCUGCCGGCACGACUUUCAAUGGUGUUUCUGCCACCUUCGUUGUUCCCACUCCCAAAGUUCCUUCGGGCCAGUCCAAGUCGGGUACAUAUAGUGCUUCAGCAUGGGUUGGUAUUGAUGGUGAUACUUACCAAAACGCCAUCCUCCAAACUGGUGUCGACUUUACCAUUUCAAAUGGCGCCGUGUCUUAUGAUGCCUGGUAUGAAUGGUAUCCCGCCCAAGCAUUCGACUUCUCAGGGAUCAGCAUCUCAGCUGGAGACUCCAUCACAGUCUCUGUAACUUCGACUUCGAGCAAGGCCGGCAAGGCUGUCAUCACCAACAACAGCAAGGGCAAGACCGUCUCCAAAUCGCUGACGUCGUCUGCUGCGCUUGGUGGCCAGAACGCGGAAUGGAUUGUGGAAGAUUUUGAAUCGAAUGGAUCUCUGGUCAAUUUCGCCAACUUUGGGACUGUAACUUUCACUAAUGCUGUUGCAACAACUGGCAGCGGUUCUGUGGGCGCAAGUGGAGCGGAUAUUUUAGAUAUUAAGCAAAGCAACACGGUUCUUACGAGUGCUGCAGAAAGUGGUUCAAGCGUUACUGUAAGCUAUACAGGGUAA